GCCACGGGCUGGCAGAUGCCAGGCAAAGCUCCGGUGAUCUUCCAGCACGAAGGCCUUUUCGGGGUGCCUGAAGAUGGAGAAGUCUACGACAUCUUUUUCGAUGCGCGGGUCGAUGACAUGCAGGUGGUGUUGAAGGACAUCUGCACAGGCAAGCAGAUUGCCGCCAAGGACAUCGUCCAGGAAGAGGGCCAGUAUGCAACGCGGCUUGUACGUUUCUUCCGCUACUACGAGGAGAAAUCCUCGCAAAUUCGUCCUCUCCUUCAGUCGGAGAAAACUGGUGCCUGCUGUGCCGCUGUGGCACAGGACGUGGAGCUCAUGAUGCAUGAGCUGCUUGCCCU